AUGGCGGAGGAGCGGGCCCUCGCCAUGGUCACCUGCACGGCCCCCGUCAACAUCGCCGUCAUCAAGUACUGGGGCAAGCGGGACAAUGACCUGAUCCUGCCCAUCAACUCCUCCCUGAGCGUGACGCUGCACCAGGACCAGCUGAAGACCACCACCACGGCCGCCGCCAGCCGGGACUUCGCGGAGGACCGGCUGUGGCUGAACGGGGAGGAGGCCGACGUGGGGCACCCCCGGCUGCAGGCCUGCCUACGGGAGGUGCGGCGCCUGGUCCGUAAGCGCCGGGGCAGCAGUGCGGAGGACGCGGCCCCCGCUAGCCUCUCCUACAAAAUCCACAUCGCCACCGAGAACAACUUCCCCACCGCCGCCGGCUUGGCGUCCUCCGCCGCCGGCUACGCCUGCCUGGUGUCGGCGCUGGCGCGGCUGUACGGCGUGGAGGGCGAGCUGUCGGAGGUGGCGCGGCGCGGCUCGGGCAGCGCCUGCCGCAGCAUGUGGGGGGGCUUCGUGCAGUGGCAGCGGGCGGCGAGCGGGCCGGACGGCAGGGACAGCCUCGCCCACCAAGUGGCCCCCGAGACGCACUGGCCGGAGCUCAGGGUCCUCGUCCUGGUGGUCAGUGGGGAGAAGAAGCAGGUGGGCAGCACGGCGGGGAUGCAGACCAGCGUGGACACCAGCCCCUUGCUGAAGCACCGGGCGGAGGCGGUGGUACCGGAGCGCCUGGCCCUGAUGAUGCGGCACAUCCGUGAGCGGGACUUCGAGGGCUUCGGGCAGCUCGCCAUGCGGGACAGCAACCAGUUCCACGCCACCUGCCUCGACACCUUCCCCCCCAUCUUCUACCUCAACGACCUCUCGCGGCACAUCAUCGCUCUGGCACAUCGCUUCAACGCCCACCACGGGCACACCAAGGUAGCCUACACCUUCGACGCCGGCCCCAACGCCGUCAUCUUCACGCUGGCCGACACCGUGGCUGAGUUUGUGGAGGUGGUGAGACGCAGCUUCCCCCCGCCACCAACGGGGACCACGCAUCGGUCGUGCCACAGGUUCGUGCGGGGGCUGCCGGUCGAAUCGGCCUCGCUGCCGGAGGAGCUGCUCACGGCUGUGGUGACAGAGCCGGUGCCGGGGGCCGUCCGGUACAUCCUGCACACCAAGCCUGGCCCCGGUCCCCAGCUCGUGGAUGACCCCAGCCAGCACCUCCUGGGAGCGGACGGGCUGCCGCGCCGCUGCGCCUGA